AUGAAGAACGUGGAUAAGGUGCAGAACGCGAAUGAACAAUUCAAGAUGCCGUGCCCCAACACCACGACUAACGAGCUGGAUUGCACCCUAUCUGAACUGUGCAGCUUUAACGGAGUUCCAAACCCGACGCCGCAUGGAUCGCUCGACGACAACCCCGCUCCCAACCAGUGGUACCGAUUCAUUAUCCCCAUGUUUCUUCACAGCGGAUUUGUGCACAUCGGCUUCAACCUGCUCGUGCAAAUGACCAUGGGCGUGGACAUGGAGAGAAUGAUCGGAUGGUGGCGAUACGGUCUCGUCUAUAUUGCUAGCGGUAUUUGGGGAUUCGUGCUGGGCGGCAACUACUCGGCACCCUUCAUGAGCGCUUGUGGUUGCUCGGGAGCUCUCUUCGGUAUCCUUGCACUCUUCGUCCUGGACCUGCUUUACACCUGGAAUGAGCGACAAUCUCCGUGGGUAGAGUUUAUUAUCAUGAUCCUUGGUGUGGGCAUUUCGUUUGUCCUGGGUCUGUUACCCGGACUGGAUAACUUUUCCCACAUUGGAGGUUUUAUCAUGGGACUGGCUCUCGGACUGUGCAUCAUGCGUUCUCCAAACGCGCUCCGGGAACGUAUCGGACUCGCUCGGAACCCCUACGUCGCCAUGAGCGGAGGUGCUGGCUCGGGACCGGAGCCGGACAACAAGGUUACCACCGCCGGUCCCAGUUUUGCCAACUUCUUCAAGAGCAAGAAGGGUGGCUCCUCGGAGCCUUCUGGCCCUCUGGGUUUCUUCAAGGGCCGAAAGCCUUUGUGGUGGGCCUGGUGGUUUGUUCGCGCAGGCGCCUUGGUCGCCGUUCUCAUCGGAUUCAUUCUCUUGAUUGUGGACUUUUACAAGUACCACUCGUCGAACUGCUCGUGGUGCCACCGGCUGAGUUGCUUGCCGGUCAACAACUGGUGUGAGCAGGGCAUGAAACCCUAUGAGAUAAAGAAUGUGACGACCACGAACCAUAACUAG